CAGCCGCAGCGGCCGUUAGUACGGGGGUGGGGCCCGGCCCGGCCUGGCCCGGCCCGGCCCGGCCCGGCCCGGCCCAGCCCAGCCCAGCCCAGCCCACCAGGCGGUGAAGUGCAACGGGAGCGGAGCGGCGCCACGCCACGCCACGCCACGCCACGCCACGCCACGCCAUGGCGCAGCAGCAGAUAAGCAGUUCGCAGAAGGCGCUGAUGCUGGAGUUAAAGUCGCUGCAGGAGGAGCCGGUAGAGGGCUUCCGCAUUACCUUGGUGGAUGAGUCUGACCUCUACAACUGGGAGGUGGCGAUCUUCGGGCCCCCCAACACCCUCUACGAGGGUGGGUACUUCAAGGCUCACAUUAAAUUUCCUAUCGACUAUCCGUAUUCACCACCUACCUUCAGAUUCCUGACCAAAAUGUGGCACCCCAACAUUUAUGAGAACGGAGAUGUAUGUAUUUCAAUUCUUCACCCACCUGUAGAUGACCCACAAAGUGGAGAGCUACCAUCUGAGAGGUGGAACCCUACUCAAAAUGUCAGGACUAUCUUACUGAGUGUAAUCUCUUUGCUUAAUGAGCCCAACACAUUCUCUCCUGCCAAUGUGGAUGCGUCAGUCAUGUUCAGGAAAUGGAGGGACAGUAAAGGAAAAGACAAGGAGUAUGCUGAAAUCAUAAGGAAACAGGUUUUGGCUACCAAAGCAGAGGCAGAGAAGGAUGGUGUGAAGGUCCCCACUACGCUGGCAGAGUACUGCAUCAAAACUAAAGUGCCUUCCAAUGACAACAGUUCAGAUUUGCUUUAUGACGACUUGUAUGAUGAUGACAUUGAUGAUGAAGAGGAGGAGGAGGAAGAUGCCGACUGUUAUGAUGACGAUGAUUCUGGCAAUGAGGAGUCCUGACCUGUUCCCUCUAUGCCCCUGUACUGCCCUGCUGACCCAGGCCAGAAGAGAGAAGUGGUAACCUAGGAGCAGUCCAAAUAAAAAAAAUGAGGGGGGGAAAAACCAAAAUCUUCAUCUCCUGUUUGCUCCUGUUUUAUGGACCUGUUAGAGACCCUACCUAGAAUGUCUGAAUUCUUGCAUUCUUAACCCUUUUAUCAUUGUAUUAUGAUUUCUUGUUAAAAAAGAAACUUCCCUUUUCACUCCUCUACAAAAUUCUCACAGCAAAACAGGUUUCCUCAUGUUUAGAUUCUUGAAUUAAAUACUGUCUUGCAUUGAGAUGUUUAAUGUAUUUAAAGCUGGAACAAAACCAUUGGAAGCUGAGUUUUCAGGAGCUCAAGUGCUGUGUUUUACAAUGAGAGUGGUGAGUCCCUGGCCCAGGUUGCCCAGACAGGUGGUAGAUGCCCCAUCCCUGGAAACAUUCCAGGUCAGGUUGGAUGGGCCUCUGAGCAACCUGAUCUAGUUGCAAAUGUCCCUGCUUACUGCAGGCCGGAGGAGGGGGUGGGGCGUUGGACUAGACGGACUUAAAUGUCCAACCUGAACCAUUUGAUGGUUCUAAAAAAAAAAUCCACACAAAACAAAUAGCCAAGGGUUAGCUGCUCCAUUUACAGUAAUAGCGUGUGUACAUUCAUUUAGCUUUGUGGUGGUGGCUUUUCCUUUAUAAGGUGUGGGGCGGAGGGUGUAAAGCUAGUGUGUGUUGAGCUUGAUGGGAUGUUACUGAAAGGUACAGUAUUCCUUUUCAGCCUGCUCAAGUUAGGAAAUAGCUGGCCCCUGGAGCCCCAGAGGGCACAAUCAGCUUUGUCUCUGAAAGAGGUUUGUGAUAUGAACUCUAAAAUAAACACUUAACACUUCAUGUCUGUACAACUGAGACCUGGGCUGUUUUGUUUGGUUUUUUACAGACUAGGUUACUAGGUUGGGGUUGAAAAAGUUCAGUUUAGCUGUGCUGCUGUGAUCUGCUGCCAGCUGCCCCUCUCUGGAAGGAAAACAUGUGCAUGCCACUACCCAGCAGGCCAGCAUUCAUCCCGAACUUGGUUUUGGCAGUGGGAUAGACUGAUAGCCUCCUGCUCUAGUGCUCACUAGCAGCCCUUACUUCCUGCAGCCUAAGUCCAGUGCUAGCCUGAGCCUUCUUUGUUUCUUAUGUAGCCCAUGUGUUGGUAAAUGCAACCCUGCUGCAGCUCUGUGGGGUUGGCAGAAGUCAAAGCUGCCUCUGGUGCCUACUGGGCUGGCUGGGGCACAGGCCAGAGAGAAUGUUUGUGUGCUGGGCUCGCAGAAUCACAGACUCACAGCCAGUUAGGGGUUGGAAGGGACCUCAAAAGAUCAUCAAGUCUAACCCCCCUGCCAGAGCAGGGUCAUCUACAGGAGGUCAUGUAGGAACGUGUCCAGGUGGGUUUUGAAUGUCUCCAGAGAAGGAGACCACAACCUCCCUGGGCAGCCUGUGCCAGGGCUCUGUCACCCUCACAGUGAAAAAAAAAUUCUGCUUGUGUUUAUAUGGAAUUUCCUAUGCUCAAGCUUAUAUCUGUUGCCCCUUGUCCUAUGAUUGGGCAUAACUGAGAAGAGCCUGGCACCAUCCUCCUGGCUCUUUCCCUUUAUGUAUUUAUUAAUGAGGUCACCCCUCAUUCUCCUCCAAGCUGAAGAGCCUCAGCUCCCUUAGCCUUUCCUCAUAAAGGAGAUGUUCCACUCCCUUUAUCAUCUUUGUGGCUCUGUGGUGGACUCUUUCAAGCUCUUUCCCUGUCCUUUUGGAACUGAGGGGCCCAGAACUGGACACAAUAUUCCAGAUGUGGCCUCACCAUGGCAGAAUAGAGGGAGAGGAGAACUUCUCUCGACGUACAAGCCACACCCCACACCCCCCCUUCUAAUGCACCCCAGGAUGCCCUUGGCCUUCUUGGCCACAAGGGAGCAUUGCUGGCUCAUGAUCAUCCUUCUGUCCACUAGCACCCCCAGAUCUCUUUUCCCUUCACUACUCUUCAAGGCAUCAGUCUCCAGAACUCUCCCUUGCCUAGCUGGAUUUGGCCUGGGUGAGCAUGUACAGCCCCACAGGUGAGGGUGUUGGAGUGCUUCAGGCUGGAAGAGAAGGCCAGCAGCAGGGUUUUCCAGGCUAUUUAGUAGCAUGGUUCAAGCUGGUGCACUGAGUUAGGCUUCCUGCAUGGUUUUUUUGGGAGCUCUUGGCAGACCUUAGGGCCCUCCCCUAUGGGGGAGGGGGGAGGGGCUGCAUGCUGGUCUUUGCAAAACCCUCUUCCUUAGUUCCUCAACACUUUCACCCCGUUGCUGUGUGCUCUUGUUCAGCUGUGGUGCAAUGGCCUGAAUUCACCUUUUGCAUGAGCCCUUAAUCAGCAACCAGCCCUGCCUUUCUGGGCUGAGCCCUGGCACCUCCAGGAGCAGAUCUGAGUUGCUGAACUUGCUUUCGUGAGAACCUCUGUACCCCACAGGUACAGAAGCAGUUAUCCUGUUAAGAUAUGUGGGCUUGUACAUUUGUUUAUGCCUCCCUUUCUUAUAUCUCAGGGUUUUCAAUGGUGUGGUCCAUUGAAGGGUGCUUUGGUGGAAGUAAACAUUGUUCUGUGACCAUCUGUGGGGGCUGUGUCCUGGGUUGAUGGGGAGGAUGAGAAUGGGCAAACUCAAAGUGUGCUGCUUGGAGGUAGAGGAGUGGAAGGAAGCCCUUGGGGAGAGGAGCAAGGCUGGUAAGGCUCUGUUUGACAAGAGCAAGGUAGAUGUGUCUCCCUGAUCUCUGCCCCAGGGUGAUGCAGCCCUCUGCCCCCUGCAAAGUAAAGGCAGCCCAACUGAUGAUGCCCUGUAAUAGUCUGCAUGCUUGUUUGCCUGUUACUUGGGGAGGCAGCCCGACCCCUCCUGCUUCAGCUCAUCCUUCCAGCAAGGACUGCCGGCACCUGGUGCUUUUUUGGAGAUGGCAGUGGGACUCCACUGCAUCUAGUGAUAGUGUGGGACAAACACCACCCCCCACCCCACCCCACCCCCAUCAGCUUCACUCACAGCACUAGUGUUGGCGAAUGGACACCUGGCACUCUUGGCUGCAAUACUGGUCUUGGGGUCACACCAGUACAGGCACACCAACCUCCAGGUUUGGGGGGAGGAGGGGGGGGCGAUGUUAGGGAGUGAAGGAGUAAGGCAACACUGGCUGUGCUGAUUACUUGGGUUGAAAUGAUACUGCAUCUUUCAGCCCUUGUACUUUUGACAGUCUUCACUGUAUACUGUCCAGUGAGUUGUAUUUUCAGGCUUGAUGUUGUAAGAUGCAUUAUCAUGACUCUUCUCUUACCUUUUUUUGGUGGGUUUUUUUUUGUUUGUUUAUUUUUUAAAGGUAAAAAGCACCCUAUUUUGAGAGCUACUACAUUAACCAGAUGAAUUUCUCUUCCCUACUGUCCUGUGCAGUGUCAUGGCUUGUUGACUUGCUUAUUUCCUUUUCUGAUACAAAUUGACAUAUGAGGGUCUUUUUGAAACUAUUAAAAAAAAAAAA